CUUGAAGUCUUGAACGUACCCUACGGUUCCAUAAUAAUCUCAUCAUAUAUAUCCAUUUAGCGUCUUAUGUCCUGUAUCCCUAGGCUUUUUCCUUCCAUAUAUAAUAAUCUCAUCAUAUCCAUUUAACAAACUUAGGCUUCUUCCUUUUUCCUCUUCUUUGCUUUAUAGAAGACAUACAAUACUCCGAUGGAGCUUAGUAACUCAAAACUAGUAUUAAUAGUGUUACUAUUUGUAUUUCCAUUUUCAAGUGCUACUAAGAGCAAGUCAUCGUGUAAUUUUCCGGCGGUUUUCAACUUCGGUGACUCAAACUCCGACACCGGUGGAUUGUCGGCAGCGUUUGGUCAGGCUGGUCCACCUGCCGGAGAGACAUAUUUUGGUGCCCCUGCAGGACGGUAUUCUGAUGGUCGUCUUGUUAUUGAUUUCAUUGCUGAAAGCUUAGGAUUACCACAUCUAAGUGCAUUCUUAGAUGCAUUGGGUUCAAACUUCAGUCACGGAGCCAACUUUGCCACGGCUGGUUCAACAAUCAGACCCCAAAACACAACGCUGCACCAAAGUGGUUUUAGCCCCAUUUCUCUAAACGUUCAGACUUACGAAUUCAACGAUUUCCAUCGUAGAUCUCAGAUUAUUCUUACCAAAGGGGAUGUGUUUAGCCAGUUGAUGCCUAAGGAGAAACAUUUUUCCAACGCUUUAUACACAUUUGACAUUGGACAAAAUGAUUUAACUGCUGGUUACUUUCUUAACAUGUCCACUGAUCAAGUUAGAGCUUAUGUUCCUGAUCUAAUUGAUCAAUUCAAGACCGUUAUUCAGGACAUAUAUGAUCAAGGCGGUAGAUAUUUUUGGAUACAUAAUACAGGUCCAGUUGGUUGUCUACCUUAUAUCUUAGAUCGUCUGCUAAUAACAGCAGGACAAGUUGAUAAGGCAGGUUGUGCUUCUCCCUUCAAUGAAGUGGCUCAAUAUUUCAACAGUAGAUUGAAGGAAGCAGUGAUUAAGCUAAGAAAGCAUCUUCCAUUGGCUGCUUUUACCUACGUUGAUGUGUACUCUGUCAAGUAUGAACUCAUCAGUCGCGCUAACAAGCAUGGGUUUGAGCAUCCACUACAAGCUUGCUGUGGGCAUGGAGGAAAGUACAACUACAACAUAAAUCAUGGAUGUGGAAGCAAGAUCAUGGUCAGAGGCAAAGAAAUACUGAUAGGAAAAUCAUGCAAAAAUCCAUCAGUCAGAAUCAACUGGGAUGGUGUGCAUUACACUGAGGCUGCUAAUAGAUGGGUGUUUGAACAAAUUGUGAAUGGCUCAUAUUCAGAUCCUCCACUACCCUUGAACAUGGCCUGUCAUAAGCAAUAAACUUAGUUAUUCAUCAAAGAUUGUACCAAUUAUUUUUAUUAAUCAAUAAAUGGUACUAAUACAUUA